ACCAACCAAAAACCGUCAAAGUCAAAAAUUUUUGUAAACACAACACAAAUCACAAACAUUUUGAUAAAAAUAAAAUGAAAAAUCCACGAAUAGAAAAUCAUUCUAUUGAAGACAGUCACCAUGAUGAAGAUGAUGCGAUUUUCAGCUCUGAAACUGAAAUGAUAGGGUCCAUAUCUAAAUUGUGCCAUGGAAAUCUCUAUGUCAUAGGCAGAAUAUGGAUACAAGCGCUAAAAAUGGCCCUAAUUGGCGCAAACCUAUCAUUAUUCCCGGUGGUACACGCUGCAAAACCUGACGAGCCUCCACAGAAACCACCAAAAAUGAAAUAUAAGGACUUACCAAUAUAUGAGAGCCCGCAUUAUGAAUACAAGGAUUACGUGGAAGACAAAAAGAAAUGCCCCAAUUACGACGUAAAAUUACUACACAGGUAUCUAUACCCGAAAGUUAAAAACUACAGAAAAAGUUGGGUGGACUCAAUAGAAGAUUUUAAAAAGGACGCUGGCGAGCUAAAGCGUGAUGCUUGCGCGGUGAUUUGUAAAAAGAGAGCAGAAUUCAUGAAGGCUAUGAGGGCACCUGAGAAUUGUACUCUGAGACAAGCUGUAGUAGUAGCUGGUGCUGCUACUGGGUACUGCAUGGCUGGUAGAAAGGGAAUACCAACAAAAGCCUUCUAUUCAAGCCUUGGGGCGUUAGCUACUGGUGCUUUAUGCUUCCCUAAGGAAACUGAUGAGAUAUUCAGACUUGCUUCUUAUAAGAUAGCGAAAGUUGCUCUGCUUAUUUUCAAUAAGACUUGUCGUCAGAAUAUAUUUUUGAGAGAGAGGGUCCCCUGUCGUGAGGACAUGCCCCCACCGCCUCCUGAAAGGCCGGCAGAUAAAAAGAAUCAGUGCCCACCUAAGAAGUGAACGAGUUUGACUUUAAAAGGUAAAACGAAUUAAACUAAGACUGACUGCCCAUUAUAACCUGGAUCAACUUAAAAUUUUGGUAAUCGAAACAAGAAUAAUUA